AUGUCUUGGAAGAUCAUCUCCUAUUGUCUGUUCGUCUCGGCCGGCUUGCUAUUAACAAACCUCUGUCCAGACUGGAAACAACUUCUCAUGUUGUCAGGAUUGGUCGUGUCCAUUGUAAUGGGGUGCCUCCUCUUGAAGCUCCUUGUGUCUGCGUACUUAUGGCGACGUUUGAUCGUGCUUGACCCUAAUGCGCAGAAAGAAUUCCUAGGGCGGCCACUCCUCUUCCCUGCCCGGCUUUCGCACGCUCGCAGGUUUCCUGUAACCGAGCGGUACAACUAUUGGUACGAUUACUUCACGGUUGGAAUUCCUGUCGGUCUUCGUGGCCGCAUCGGGAAUCUCCUUUCUAUUGACAAUCGGCCAGCCUACGAAAGUCAACGGGAAAAGUGUUGGUUCACCAUUGAUCCUACUUAUUAUCUGGAUCCGGGGAGUGGAGAUCGCUGUUUGGAAGAGAAGCUGCACUUAUUCUUGGAAAGACAAGGCGAAGACCCGCAAGAAUUCCCUUACGCAUACCUCAUCAGCGUCCCUCGGUUCCUGUGCUUCCAGAAAAGCGCCAUCAGCUAUUGGUAUCUCUACAACUCGGACCGUAACCUGACCGCAGUCAUCAUGGAGAUCAACAACUCUUUCUUCGAGAAACGCAACUUCUUCUUCCGCGUCACAGGCGAUGACAUGGCCAUCGAUGACCCGGAAAGCCCGCCUACUGAAACAACAGCUCUGACCAAAACCAAGGGAACGUCAUUGUCUCUGCGAUUCCUGUCUCCUGCGCCCAGGAGCAAGCACUACAAGGGAUCCUGGGAGAAGAUGAUCUUCGGUUCACCGUUCGAGAAGAUUGGAGGAGCUAUGACGGCCAAGUUUGUAGAUCCUCUUGCAGGUCCUGCGCUGCAGUCUAAUAUGAGCUCGAAUACCCCCGAGGGUCAGGUAAAGGUUACCAGUCGACUGGCUUCUUGGGGCACACCGGUUGAUCCGCUGUCUGCUACGGGGCUUGCAAUCGCCACUUUCAUUUCUCGAUGGACGCAUGUCGGAGUGCUCUCUGCUCCUCGCAUUGUCAAAGAGGCGCUGAGGAUUCGCUUUCGCGGAAAGUUGAGAUACCUUCAGAGACCGGAAGUCCGAGUUGGGAGUAAUCCGCGUAAUGCAACCAAGGUCGAACGUUCUUUGGAGCCUCUUUUCCGAGAGUAUCUGUCUCAGCUUGCUACUAACUGUAUAUUCCCCCUGUCAAUCAAAUAUAUUCCUCCCCCCAGUCUUCACUACGAUCCGAUCUUUUUCCACGCAUCGACAUCUCCAACAUCUAAUCCUCCACCGACCCUGACCAUCCAGCCUCUAUCUUUCCGAUUCUACACCUCGUUCUUCGAACAACCAGACCCCAAGACUGCCUUUGACGUAGAGUCCUCUCCAUCGCCGACAAACUCAGAUCGAGAAUCCCGCCGCCUAUCUAUCUCGGACAACGCCCUCUUAGACAAACUCCUCGCUACCGCGGGACAGACCAUAAACGCAGAGUUAACCAAGACCGAGCCGCUCCAACCGUCCCAGGGUUUAGAGAGGGCCGUUCUGCAAAGCACAAUCUCCUUCUUGCGUGCCUCCUCGCCUCACACAGUCAUGGACCGCUUCGUGGAGCACAACUUCCCGGCCACCAAGCAGCGCGAAUACAGAGCUAGCAUGUUGCAUUAUCUCCUGGCUCGUCGCCUGCCAGUCGAGUCUCAGGCCAUCGUUGCGUUGGCAUUCAUUACGGCGCGCGCAACUCUCGUGGAUGUACUUAUGCAUGUGGCGUACCAUCUGUGGGCCAGGGAGCCCGCUAUCCAGUAUCUGCAGAAUCUCUCGAUUACGCCUGCUACGGGGACGUUUGUCUACGCGGGUGGGGAUAUGGUGCAUAACUACGUUGGUGAAUAUUACUUGAAUCCGUUCGCCUGGGGAGAAGGUUUGUGA